AUGGCAGUUUCUAUUAAGUCUCCAAACUUCGAAUACGACGACUCCAAAAGCGUGGGCGGUUUAUCAACCGAUUCAAGCGGCUCCCGGCAGACUACUCCAACCCAUCGGCCGCCUGUCAUGAGCAUCGCCAGCCACCUGCGCGACCCGCCGCCUACCCCUACUUCGCUGGGCGACGCCGACUCGUUGUCCCUGAAUGAGACUGUAAUGCGCGACGAAGAACCCCUAAUGGAGACCUACGAAGCUGAGCGGCUAGUGUCAGAGAACCUGAUACAGCUUGAGGAGGACUUCCAGAGGCUCGGGGUCAGCCAGGAGAAGCCCGCCGCCAAGCCGGCUGACCUGGAGCCCGCCGACGACUCGCCCAUAUACUUCAGACGGGUGGUGUUUUCCCCCGAAGUGCCGAUCCGGCUGGACUACGUGGGCAAGCGGGUGGACCUCUCCGCGGGGCCCGUUGCUGGCCUGCUCAUGGGCCUGGGCCAGCUCAACUGCUCCGAGCUCACGCUCAAGCGGCUUGACUACAGGCUGGGGCUCCUCGGACUUGAGAAGCUGGUGCAGUGGGCGCUGCACGAAUGGCUGGCGGACGUCAAGCGGCACCAGCUGCCCGGCCUGCUCGGCGGCAUCGGGCCGAUGCACUCGCUGCUGCAGCUUAUAACUGGAAUCCGUGACCUGGUGUGGCUACCAGUGGAGCAAUGGCGCCGCGACGGCCGGCUGGUGCACGGCCUGCGCCGCGGCUGCGCCUCGUUCACGGCGCGCACCGCCGUCGCCGCGCUCGACAUCACCACGCGGCUGCUGCAGCUGAUACAGGCGACAGCAGAGACAGCAUUCGACAUGCUGAGUCCCGGGCCGACGCUGCAACUGCAGGCGGCGUACGACAGCCGCCGGCGCCGCCGCCGCGACCCCUCGCGACACCCCGCAGACAUCCGCGAGGGCGUGGCCACCGCCUACCAGACCGUCAGGGAGGUCAGUCCCUUGCUACAGCUGCUGUAGUGAGACAACGCCGCGUGGC